GAACCGGAGAAGUAUUCCUGGAUUUGCAACUGUCAUCGUAACAAAGAACGUGCGCGUACGCGGGUUUUGAGAGGGAGGGCAACCAUCGUCAAGCUAGCCCUCUCCCUCUGCGAUUCCCUCCCAUUGAUGCGACGAUUGCAUGCCCGUAAUCGGGUCAAUUCCAAACCCAACGAAUCUCCCAACAGCGCCAUGGAUCCUCUCAAGCUCACCCGAUCCACCAACUUUUUUUGGAUCUCCAAAAACUCCAAGCCCACCAGCUCCAGAUUUCGAAUUAUUGCCUUGAUCGCCAUCGCCCUGGUUCUAGUAUCUUGUUACUGUCUCUUUGUUGUCGGAAGCUCUCGCCAUUCCAAAAGGUAUGGUAUUAUUAUUGAUGGAGGUAGCACGGGUACCCGUAUUCACGUGUUCGGGUACCGAAUGGAGAAAGGGAACGCAGUAUUUGACGCCGAUUUGGGGACCAUGAAGGUGAAUCCGGGUUUAUCGGCUUAUGCAGAGGAUCCGAAUGGGGCCGCGGCGGCUUUGAAAGAGAUUGUGGAGUUUGGGAAGGGGAAGGUUCCUAGGGAGCAGUGGGCGGAAACAGAGAUAAGGCUUAUGGCCACGGCUGGGAUGCGAUUGUUGACGGGUUCCGUGCAAGAGAGGAUUUUGGAGUCUUGUAGACGGGUGCUUAGAGCUUCUGGAUUCAAGUUCAAGGACGAUUGGGCAACUGUGAUCACCGGCUCUGAUGAGGGUCUGUACGCUUGGGUGGUUGCAAACUAUGCAAUGGGUACUCUUGGAGGUGAUCCUCUGCAAACAACUGGAAUUAUUGAACUUGGUGGAGCUUCAAUGCAGGUAACUUUUGUGUCAAGUGAACCAAUUCCCUCUGAGUUCUUACGCACUGUUCGGUUUGGGAAUUUCAAUUACAAUGUGUAUAGCCAUAGCUUUCUUCAUUUUGGCCAGAAUGUUGCAUUUGAAUCAUUAAGGAAAUCACUUGUCUUGAAAGAUUUUGAUUCAGCCACUGAACCUUUAAGGGCAGGAAUAUCAUUAGAUCCUUGUACUCCAAAAGGGUAUUCGAAUAAUUUGGAAUCAUGGAGACCAUCUCCAGAUUCGUUGGCUGGAAGGAAAGAAUCUUUGCCAUCGCUACUACAAUCUAGUGGUAAUUUCACUGAAUGUAGAUCUGCUGCACUAAUGUUGUUACAGAAAGAUAAAGAAAAAUGCUCAUAUCAGCGUUGCCAAAUAGGAUCAACUUUCAUACCCGAGCUUCGGGGAAAGUUUUUGGCUACUGAAAAUUUCUUCUAUACAUCAGAGUUUUUGGGGUUAGGCUCAAGUUCAUGUAUUUCUGAUAUAUUGAUGGCUGGACAAAAAUUCUGUCGAGAGGAUUGGUCAAAAUUGAAGAAGAAACACAAUUCACUAAAUGAGGAAGAUUUGGCGCACUAUUGCUUCUCGUCAGCUUAUAUUGUUGCCAUGCUUCAUGACAGCCUUGGAAUUGCUUUGGAUGAUGAAAGAAUUGGCUUUGCUAAUCAGGUGGGGAGCAUCCCACUUGAUUGGGCUUUGGGAGCUUUUAUUCUGCAAAGCACAGCUGACUUGGAUGUAGAGCAGCCUGAUUGGAUUGCCACCAUUACAAGUGAGGACUCCCCCACGCUGCUCUCGCUCAUUGCCAUUUUAGUUAUAUUGAUGUUUGUAGCAUGGUCUGUAUCGAAGUGGAGAAAACCCCAACUGAAGACAGUCUAUGAUCUUGAGAAAGGGCGUUAUAUAGUUACUCGCAUGAAUAGAUGUUAAUAGCAUUGUUUGGACUGUGUUAUCCUGAAAGUUACAUGCGAGGAGGCAUGAUUCAUCGUAUAUUUAUACGUUGUUAAUCCUCAGAUUGCUGGUCCAUGUCACCCUCACAAGGUAUUGUGUGUUUGUGUUAGAGAGAAAUCUGAGAUUGUAUACUAUGAAAGUUUCAAGCUGACUGUAGUGUAUAACCUUUUGGGGAACUGGAUUGGAAGACUAGCUUAGCUUCCCAUUUUUGUAUUUAGCAGACUCGAAACUUAAGUUUAAUCAGACUAUACACUUUCUCGGUUGUCAUUAUCCUAUUACAUUGCAAGGAUUCAAAA